CCAAAGGAGCGUGUUGUGGCUAUUAUCGCUCAGAAAUGUUUGUGCUUUGUAAAAUAAUGGGAAGAUGAUUUUUUGUGUGAAAUGAUGUGUGAUUCUGUGGGACAGUGUUAUGAUAAUUUGGAUUAAAAUUUGGAAAAUCGGUGUGUUUAUUGUGCAGAGAUCCGGGUGAUUGCAGACGGUGUAGUAUCUCAGUGUGUGAGAUGGUGCAAUAUGUGGAAAGAGUGGCGCUGGCUCGUACUGAUCCUCAACGCUGUGGCUGCAUUGUCACCUGUGAUUAAAAUAGGAGCAAUUUUCACUGAAGAAGCCCGCGGUGGCAGCGCCGAGUUGGCUUUCAAGUACGCCGUGUACAGGAUAAAUAAAGAGAGAAAUUUACUACCAGAAAGCACCCUAGUAUACGACAUACAGUACACUACAACAAGGGACUCCUUCAGGACUUACAAGAAAGCCUGCACUCAAAUCAAAUCAGGUGCUAUAGCCAUCUUCAGCAGUGCUGGGCCACUGCUUGGUUCUACUCUGUCAGCUAUGUGUCGCACCCUGCACGCACCACACUUGACAGUGGCACCCCACGUAGUUGAGAGUCCAAACACAACAGAUUACACGAUCAAUCUGUAUCCAUCCAGGGACCUUUUGGACACUGCGUUCGUUGACCUCACCGCUUUCCUCAACUGGACGAGGAUGGGUAUUAUAUAUGAGGAUUACGGGAGCGGCGAACUAAACAUAGUUCGGCUGGCGAGAGAUGGUCGCGAUAUGUACGCCGUGAGAUGUGAGUCACGUGACUAUAGACGAGCACUCGCGCAACUGAAGGCCCAAGAUAUAAAGCAUAUUAUCGUCGACACUGACCCGAAGCAUUUGAGGCUGCUUUCAAGGGCUAUCUUGCAGUUGCAAAUGAACAAUGAAAACUAUCACUACAUAUUCACGACGUUCGACAUGGAGUUGUUUGACCUGGAAGACUUCCUCUAUAAUCGCGUCAAUAUGAGCGGCUGGCGUUUGGUAGAUCGGGACUCCGAUAAAGUCAAGGAUGUGCUCACAGUUAUGGAGAAGUUCCAUCCCAUUGGAGCUUCAAUACUCAGCGGUGGCCAUAUUAAGACGGAACCGGCGCUUAUCUACGACGCAGUUCAAGUCCUGGCGCUAGCACUCGCCUCGACCCGCGACGUGAGCGCCACUAAUGCAUCCUGCGACACUGAAACAACUGUCGCAUACGGCAGUGUACUGUUGGAAAACAUCAAUAAGGUACAAGCACACGGUCUGACGGGUCCAAUCGCUUUUACCAACGGCAACCGUAAAACGUUCAACCUCCAGCUGAUGAGACUGUCAGCGGAGCGUAGGGCUGCAGUCCUAGCAGGGCACUGGACCAAGGAAGGGGGGCUGGAGGUCACUGAUCCAGCCGCUUAUAGGAGAGACCCACCACCGAAUGUCACGCUCACUGUGGUCACUGUCGAGGAGAAACCCUACGUUAUGGUGAAGGAAGGAUGGAAUCUUCAAGGCAACGCUCGCUUCGAGGGUUUCUGCAUAGACCUUUUGGCGCGGGUAGCAGCACGAGCUGGGUUCAGCUAUAGACUGCGGCUUGUUCCUGGUAACGUGUACGGAGCGAGGGAUCCCGCUACUGGACAAUGGAAUGGAAUCGUGAGAGAGCUAGUGGAUCGGAAAGCUGAUAUCGCGGUUGCCUCGAUGACCAUAAACUACGCGCGAGAAGCGGUCAUAGACUUCACUAAACCGUUCAUGAAUUUAGGAAUUGGAAUACUCUUCAAGGUACCUUCGUCUCAACCGACUCGUCUCUUCAGUUUCUUGAACCCCUUGGCAGUUGAGAUCUGGCUUUACGUCCUCGCUGCUUACAUUCUAGUCAGCUUCACACUGUUCGUGAUGGCCAGGUUCUCACCUUAUGAAUGGUCUUCCAGCACUCAUAUCUGCGGUCACGAGACCAAGCUCUUGACCAAUCAGUUUAGUGUUUGCAACUCCUUCUGGUUCAUCACCGGCACCUUCCUAAGACAGGGAUCCGGUUUAAAUCCCAAGGCAACAUCGACACGAAUAGUUGGCGGCAUCUGGUGGUUUUUUACACUGAUUAUCCUCUCCUCGUAUACUGCUAACCUGGCCGCCUUCCUGACGGUGGAGCGCACGGUGCUGCCAAUCCAGAGUGCUGCAGAUCUUGCAGCACAGAACAGCGUGCAGUACGGAACAUUGAGUGGAGGAUCCACUAUGACUUUCUUCAGGGACUCCAACAUUGAUAUUUAUCAGCGUAUGUGGGAUCAUAUGUCUCGUGCGUCACCACCAGCGCUAGUGGCUUCGUAUGAGGAGGGCGUGCGUCGUGUGCUGGCGGGGAACUAUGCUUUCCUUAUGGAGUCCACGAUGUUGGAUCACCGCGUUCAGAGGGACUGCAACCUUACUCAGGUCGGCGGGCUCCUAGACUCUAAGGGCUACGGAAUAGCCACUUGGAAAGGAAGCCCUUGGAGGGAUAAAAUUUCGCUCGCAAUAUUAGAGUUACAAGAGAAGGGGGUUAUUCAGAUAUUAUACGAUAAAUGGUGGAAGAACACCGGCGAUGUAUGCAAUCGGGACGGCAAGGAUAGCAAGGCGAAUCCGUUAGGAGUACAAAAUAUUGGUGGUGUUUUCGUAACGUUACUGUGCGGACUCGUGCUGGCUAUAGUUGUCGCUAUAUUGGAAUUCUGUUGGAACACAAAGAAAAACGCAUCUCAGGGGAGACAGUCGCUCUGCAGUGAGAUGGGUCAGGAGCUAAGUGCUGCUCUCCGCGGCGGCAAGUCCCGCGCUGCCCCCCGUCCGUGCUGCACGCGCUGUGACCGCGGCACACACGUGCCAACCGGAGACGUCUGUGAGAACGACGCAUCCAGUACGGUGGAGUUGAAGGAGCUGAGAUGGUCAUAGCGCUCAGCGCGGCGCGGCGCCUCCGCCCCCGCUUCCCCUGCGCCCGCGUCCGCUCUCCGUCGUCCUCCAGGUUCCUACAGCACACUGAAACGAACAACUUCGUACGUUCUGAAAGAGCCACGGGAGAAAAAACAUGUUCAGAUCAUAGCUUAGAUAAUAAUGUAUGCAGAAAGAAAUAUAAUUGCUUUAAGGAAACCUUAUAUAUGAGAUUUACGACAAAUAUUUCGACAGGAUGAUUUUAUUACUUUGUAAUAGUGACAAACUAAAAAUUAUAUAUAAUUUUUUUUUAUAAUUUAAAAUGGGAACUGUAAAUGCAAUAAUAUAAAUUGCAACGAAAAAAUAUUUUUAAUGUACAUCUAAAUAUAAAUGACUGUGGGAGGAAUACGACGAAUAUUGUUUUACAAUAUUUGUAAAAUUACACUAUUGUUUUCACAUUCCACGUCUAUAGUAACUGAUAGUAAGCUCGCUUACCACAAGUUCGAAUCGUGACACUGAGUACAGAUAUUUUAAAGUUUUUUAUCCAUAAACAGUUGAUACUAAGUAUCAUGUGCGAAGAUUCAUGAACCGGAAACUAGAAACAACUCCGUAUACACUCCAAAACAACUCCGUAUACGGUGAUGCGAACUUUCCGUAAAAGUACUGUUCUUAAAAUAUAAAUAUUGUACAAAAAAAAAGUACUGAUAAAUAGAAAUAAAUGAAGAAAUCUUUAGAGUAUAAAACCUGAUGUAGUCCUUAUUUAUAAGUAAAUACAAAAUAAAACUGUGUUCUCAUUGUACAUAGAUCGAGUGGAUUCAUUAUAUAAUGUGUGUAUAAGAAUGAUAUAUAAAAUUGUGUUGUUUUUACAAUUUAAAACUAUUUUAGUAUUAAUAUAGAUUAGAUUGUCUACUUAAUGGUGAUUACGAAGAUAUGAUAGCUCACCUGUAAGUGUAGCUGAAGGUACGUUGUUUUUCUAGAGAUAGCAUUAAGAAGGGAUGCAAAUUGGGUUGACCUAAUACUUCCAAAAUUUUCUGACAUCAAUGGAAAAGCUAUUUUAUUAUAGCUAAUAUGGCUAAACAAGCAAACAAGCAUAUUAUAUAUAUAGCAAGCUAAAAAGCCGAAAAUCAGUGUCGGCACUUACCAGGUCAUAUUAUCUGCAGUUCACAAACAAUCUACCUUUACCAGUUUCGAAAAGUUUGCAAUUUUUUUUAACAAACUAUUCGGAUAUUUGCAAAAUGCUUCAUAUAUUUGCAAUUUAUAUAUAUGUUUAUUCUCUGUGAAGUGUUUAUGUAUUCUAUGACACAUUUAAGUGUUGUAUCAGUAUUUUUAAUAAAUUAUGUGCCAAAAUUAGUAUAGGUAUUUCUGUGAACCGACUGUGAGAGGGUGUUGGUAUGGAAUUUGUUUUUUGACUUAUAUAAAUAGUCAGUUUCUCGAUCCUGAGAUUUGUUAUUUAUUUGUGUUGAUAUAUUAUAAAUUUAAUGUUAUUUGUCAUUACACUACAAUGAAGACUAAUGUUUAGAUUGUUGUAAAGUUUUUGAUAAACAAACUAUUAGUAUUAUUUGCUGUAGAAUGUUUCAGAGCGACUUAAGUUUUUAAAGUCAAGGCUAGCGUUACUACAUACAUUUAAUAUCAACAGUCUGACGUAGUUACAUUUAAGCUUAGAUACAGUUUUGAUAUUUGUAGCUUUUGCAACAUUCCCCUAAAUGUCCACAUGGUAAAGUAUAACUUUCGAAUAGCAGUAUUGAAUAGAGAUUUGUCUUACAUUUCAUAUAAAGACAUUGCAAAAUUGCGUGUUGGUUUCAAGAGAAUAUUACAAACAAUUAACAAGUGGAAGAAUAUUUUAUUUGGAAUAAAAUUUUUGCUUUUUUCUUGUACAUUUUAUUAAAAUUUUAAGACACUGAAUUGUAGGCAGUUAUAUAAAGUGCAUUAUAUGUUAUACUGCAUGAUUCGUGAUCGUUUUGCGAAUUUUACAAAUGUAUUUAUUAUUAUUGGCAUAUAAAGGUUUUAAUCCCGCCCCAAAUAUGGGACUGUAGGCAUAAAACUGAACCAAGUUAAUGUUACUGAUUUAUGUUUUUAAAAUUCAACAGUCAAAAGCGCAUUGACAGAAUGUUUUAUCAACCAAUAACUGUAAUAUUGUUGAAAAUCGUUGCCAUUAUGAAAACAUUGUAUAUCCUUUUGCAAACAGAACAUCAACAAAUUUGCAAAUUGAUAUAUGCAAAUUGUAUCUGUUGUUUCAAAUAAUGUCAUGGUGAAAAUAUUUGGGCAAAAAUAUUUCAUUUGAAAUUAUCGAUGGAUAGGUUUUCGUGUAUGGUGUGUUGUGAAAAAAAUUAACAUUUGCGUAAUAAAGAGGAUGUUGAUUA